UUAUUUUGUUAUUAGACUACGUUUAAUACUUUAAAUAUGUGUCAGUAUAUCUGAUGUGACACGCUAAAAAUUUUCACCCAUUUUUGCCAGGGUAAUUUUUUGGUUGCCAUGUGAUUUUGCACUACGUACGUGUCCGUGUGACGAUGUUUCGUGAAAUUUUGGGCAUUUGGUCGUCAAAUUCCGGGCUCGUAUCUAUCAUCAAGCGGUUGAUUUGCCAAAUUUAACCGCGAGCUAGUGCUACGUUGACGGGAAGACGAUCAAGAGACGGGGGUGACACUCGCCGAUAGAAGCGGAUCCCGACGGAAAAGCCCCUAUCCCUGCCACGUGGCACUAGCAAACUGAACCCAAGUGAAACUCAUCAGUGACCCCACAUGUCAUCCCCUCGUAGCGGACAACCAGUACUACUGACAUGUGGGGCCCAGACGACAACUCUUAACUCCCCGGAAACACGCGCGCCUUCGCCUUCGCCUCCACACCUCGCAACCGCGAUCGAUCGAGAGAGAGAGCGAGAGCGAGAGCUCAAUUCGCGGGCCAUGGCGAGGAGCGGGAGGGAGCGUAGAGAUCAGGAGGAGGAGGCGGCGGUGGUGUCGGUGGAGCGGGUGUUCGAGGGGAGGGUGGUGCCGGGGUGGAAGGAGCAGGUGACGCUGCGGGCGCUGGCGGUGAGCGCGCUGCUGGGCGCCAUGUUCAGCGUGAUCGUGAUGAAGCUGAACCUGACGACGGGGAUCAUCCCCUCGCUCAACGUCUCCGCGGGGCUCCUCGGCUUCUUCCUCCUCACGUCGUGGACCAAGCUCCUCGACAAGGCCGGCGUCGCCAGCGUCCGCCCCUUCACCCGCCAGGAGAACACCGUCGUCCAGACCUGCGUCGUCGCCUGCUCCGGCAUCGCCUUCAGCGGGGGUUUUGGCAGCUACAUAUUCGCGAUGAGCGACAGGAUCAGCGACCAGUCAGGCGAGGCCAGGGACGAGCACAACAUCAAGAACCCCAGCUUGGGCUGGAUGAUUGGAUUCCUCUUCAUUGUCAGCUUCCUGGGCCUCUUCUCAGUUGUGCCACUCAGGAAGAUAAUGAUCAUCGAUUACAAGCUCAUAUACCCGAGUGGCACUGCAACCGCACAUCUCAUCAACAGCUUCCACACUCCCCAGGGUGCAAAGCUUGCCAAGAUGCAGGUCAAAAUGCUGGGCAAAUUCUUCGUGAUGAGCUUCUCCUGGGGCUUCUUCCAGUGGUUCUACACCGGCGGCGACGGUUGCGGGUUCAUGUCGUUCCCGACGCUGGGUCUCGAGGCCUACAGAAACAAGUUCUUCUUCGAUUUCUCUGCGACGUACGUCGGCGUCGGGAUGAUCUGCCCUUACCUCGUCAACAUCUCCGUGCUCCUCGGAGGCGUCAUGUCGUGGGGAAUCAUGUGGCCUCUCAUCGAGCACAAGAAGGGUGACUGGUAUCCUGCUGACCUCAAACCCAGCAGCCUCCGCGGCAUCGUCGGCUACCGGGUGUUCAUCUCCAUUUCACUCAUCCUCGGCGACGGGCUGUACAACUUUCUGAAGGUGAUGACAAGAACCACAACGGCGCUGGUGAUGCAGGUGCGCGCGAUGAUGUCUGAGCCGACGCUGCCGGUCUCCGGCGGCGGCGGGCAGACGCCGGAGGAGACGUUCGACGACAAGCGGCGGACGGAGCUGUUCCUCAAGGACCAGAUCCCGAACUGGCUGGCGCUGAGCGCGUACGUGGUGAUCGCGGUGGUGUCGAUCGCGACGGUGCCCCGCAUCUUCCACCAGCUGAGGUGGUACCACGUCGCGGUGUCGUACGUGGUGGCGCCGGUGCUGGCGUUCUGCAACGCGUACGGGUGCGGGCUGACGGACUGGUCGCUGGCGACGACGUACGGCAAGCUGGCCAUCUUCACGGUGGGGGCGUGGGCGGACGCGUCGGACGGCGGCAUCAUCGCGGGGCUGGCGGCGUGCGGCGUGAUGAUCGGGAUCGUGUCGACGGCGUCGGACCUGACGCAGGACUUCAAGACCGGGUACAUGACGCUGGCGUCGCCGCGGUCCAUGUUCGUGAGCCAGGUGAUCGGCACCGCCAUGGGGUGCGUGAUCGCGCCGUCGGUGUUCUGGCUCUUCUACAAGGCGUUCCACGACAUCGGGAUGCCGGGGUCGGAGUACCCGUCGCCGAACGCGCUGGUGUACCGGAACAUGGCCAUCCUCGGGGUGCAGGGCCUCGGCUCGCUGCCCAAGCACUGCCUCGACCUCUGCAUCGGCUUCUUCGUCGCCGCCAUCGCCGUCAACCUCGCCAGGGACCUCGCGGCGCCCAAGGUGGCGAGGUUCCUCCCGCUGCCGAUGGCCAUGGCGAUCCCCUUCUACCUCGGCCCCUACUUCGGCAUCGACAUGUGCAUCGGCAGCCUCAUCCGCUUCGUCUGGGACCGCCUCGACGGCGCCAGGGCCAAGGCGUUCGCUCCCCCCGUCGCGUCGGGCCUCAUCUGCGGCGACGGCAUCUGGACGCUGCCGCAGUCGGUGCUCGCCCUCGCCGGUGUCAAGCCUCCCAUCUGCAUGAAAUUCCUCUCCCGGACCACCAACAUCAAGGUCGACGCGUUCAUCGCCAAGCUCCCCUCCUCCUAGCUACCAUGCAGCUGAUCGACGAGCUAGCCAUCUAUCUAGCUAGCUCAUGACCACUCACUCAACCAUGACAACUUCAUAUAUAGCUAGCAGUAGCACAUACAUUAAUGUCGUAGCCUCCUUGUGUCUUGCUUCCUUUUAGAAUCAGAUGCCUUUGCUAGUAGCCCGCAUGCAUGCAUGUGACACAUAUAAAUAGCUACUAGGAACCGAGCAGCAAUGCAAGUACUACAUUAUUUGGACUGUCAAUAUUACCACAACCAACACAGCAGCAACCAAAUCUGAUCUA